GGUGAAUGUUGAAAAAUGCCUAUAGAACAUAUAUCAAAAAGUAGAACAGGUCUAAAGAAAACGCCUUGACAAAACAGCUGUUCAAUGACAUGAUGGAAAUGAAAAAUCAAGAAAGUAAACAACAAUUAUUAUCAUAACCUCAGAUUAUGAUGAUGGUACUACCUCCUUUUCCUAAGAUUCUAAUCAAUAACAGCGGGCCCUGCCGUACUGAAUCAAACCUUCCUAGAUCAAUUAACCACAAUCGCAAACCUGAACCAAAAAACUUUCAGUAGAAGGCAGUACUCAAGAAUGCAUCUUGUUCAAUAUGCUCCUUCCCACGCCUGUACAGUUUAAUUCAACCUGUGCCGUAACGCAGCGACAACGUUUCGUCUACUAGACAGGGCGUCCUUUUUUGGGACGCCCCCUGGGGGUGCGCAAAUAUGUAAUCCACCUUCGGCAUCGUCACAGCCCCGCGUGCCGUCUUCGAAUAUGUUUUCGAAAUUGCGGAGCGGCAGCGGUGGCGGUGACAGAGACUUGAGACCGCCCCUGGACACCAACCCUAUCACCAACCAUUACGAAGUCGGUAAACAAGUGGCCAACGCCGGUCCUGAACUUGUAUGGAAGAUUUACGAAGCGUACCGAAAAAGUGAUGGAAAGGAAUGUUCCGUUUUUGUUUUCGAAAAACGCUGUGCUGAAAAAUUACACAAGCCUAAGAGGAAAGAGACUGUUACCGAAAUAUUGCGAAACGGCAUCAAGGAAUUGGAAAUUUAUAGGCACCCUAAGCUUUUACACGUACUCCACUCGAUAGAAGAAUGCGAAAACACCUUGGCAUUCGCCUCAGAACCAGUUUACGCUAGUCUAGCCAAUAUAUUUGCGUUCCAAGAAGCUGUAACGACCACAUCGUCACCGGGCGGUACACAACAGCCACCAUCAAAACCUGGACUGAUACAAAGAGAGUAUAAUUUUUUGGAUAUCGAGUACAAAUACGGUUUGUUACAGAUAACUGAAGCGCUCGCCUUUCUCCACUUCACAGGACACGUGAUCCACAAAAACGUGUGUCCUGGAAGUAUACUCGUGACCAAACGCGGCACCUGGAAGUUGGCUGGAAUGGAAUUUAUAGAAAAACUACAUGAUACAGCAGAUGGUGCCGAAGUACCUUGCCAGCCUUGGACUUCUCGUCUAUCCAAGAUGGUUCAACCGAAUCUUGACUAUAUUGCUCCAGAAUAUCAACAACAAUCCAAAUGCAGCAUCAUGAGCGACAUGUUUUCUCUUGGAAUGGUCAUGUGCGCAAUUUUCAACAACGGCCGAUCCCUGAUCCAGGCGAACUAUUCAAGCUCGGCGUACUCGAAGCAAUUUGAGCUUAAUGAAGAUCAACUGCGUAACAUUUUACCGAGAGUACCAGCAGGCUUACAGGAAUGCGUUGUACGACUUGUGAAUAAAGAUAUUCGUCAAAGACCAACAGCACAAUUGCUGAUGCUUCUUAAAUAUUUUGAUGAUCCAUUGGUUCAAGCUCUUCAAUAUCUGGACACAAUAAUGAUGAAAGAUCCCACACAGAAAAGUCAUUUUUAUCGAAAUACUCUAAAGGACGCUCUACCAUACAUUCCUAAAAAACUCUGGUAUCAACACGUCUGGCCUUCUCUGAGACAAGAAAUGUGCUCUCAAGAAGUACUUGCAGCAGUUUUACAACCUGUGCUCUUUAUUGUGCAAGAAUCCACUAUAGAGGAGUAUGAAACAUUUAUCCUUCACAAUUUUAGGCAGUUAUUUGCCGCUCCAAAAACAGUACAAGCUACUGUUACAAUUUUGGAAAAUUUACAUAUAAUUUUAGAGAAAACUCCUAAAGAUGAAAUCAAAAGUGAAGUACUUCCAAUGCUGUAUAAUGCUUUUGAUAGUCCUACUAUUCAAGUACAGAAUGCGGCUUUAAUAGCUGUCACUAACAUAUCUGAAUAUUUGGACGAAAGCGCAAUAAAAAUGAUCAUCCUUCCCAAAACCAAAGUUAUCUAUCAAAACAAUAUAAACGAUUUGAAGCUGGUUUCCAACGUACUUUCUUGCAUAGAACGCAGCCUUGACCGCUUGGACAAGUCGCAAAUAAUUGACGAAAUCAUGCCUUUACUUCAUGAAAUCCGAUUAAAUGACCCUAUGGUCAUUCUACGAGUUGUCAAUAUCUAUCGAUUGAUGCUAAGCGACAAAAAGUACGGUCUCAGCAUUAGCCUGAUGGCCACCAAAGUAAUGCCCCAUCUUAUACCACAAACGGUUAACCCAGCUCUAAACUUAGAGCAAUUCACUGUCCUUAUUGAAGUGCUGCAAGACAUGCUCGACCAAAUAGACCGUAAUCAAAGAAACAAGCUUAAACUUGACAAUCUAUCUUUGCCUAGUCCCGAAAGGCAUCGGCCCUUGAGACACCAGUACAGUUCGGACAACAUGCACGUACCACCCUUCAAUAUUCCUAAUUUGAGAAUUGAGCAAAGGAAGACUUCUAGUGCUGAGGAUAUGCAACGCAAAAAUUCUUCAGGUGGUCUUUUGAGUGGUUCUUGGUGGUUCGGAGCUCCAUCCUCCCCAGACAGUAACUUCUUAAGGGUUGCUAAUGCGUUUCCUAAUCGUCGACUAUCGGAUAACACUCUUAUGACUCCAAAGAUUCGUAUAGCUCCUUCUUGUGCUUCAUCCCCUGGAGGAACUCCUGGGGGUGGUUUGCCUAUAAGAAGGCAUUCAAGUAUUGGUCCGCAGGAAAGAAGAGGUUCUACUGUUAAUUUGUCUCCUCCGACGGGUUAUUCGAAUGGUUACGUACCAGGCAGGGGUUCUCACGGCAGCCUCAUGUACCACAGGAAACACUCGGGCGGCGCGUUCGGGUACAGCUCGGUAUCUCGAGAAGGCUCGAGCCUAUCUGUGCCUUCGACGUCACACCUGGCUAGAAACAUGAUUGGUGGUUCAAUGCCGAACACAAGCAGUAGCGUACCGUUCCUCCUGAGCAGCAGCAUGCAAUCGAUAAGAUCGAGACGGACGUCGGCGGCGUUCGGUGGUUCGCAGGGCGGCAGCAACAACCUAUUGCAACAGCUCGGAUCCGGCAUGGUAAGGCUACCCCCCAACCCACAGCAGCGCGGGGGCGGCCGGGCGUCGGUGGGGCAUCUGUCCCCCUCUGGCCCGGUCCGCAAGUGCCCCUCACUCAACAUUACGUUUAGCUGAGCAGUCGCCUAAAAGCUAUGGUCGCCCUUUUUGACAUCGUCGGCCACGCCGUCGCCCUUUGCCGCCCCAGUUGCCGUAUCAAUUUUUCGGUGGACGUCAAUAAACGGACUUACCCAAGCUUACUACCGACGCCAGUAUUGUAGCGUGUAGGCAUACCCCCUAAAACCGCACCCAGUAAAUUGGCAGAAUGCAUUCGAUGUUAUCCAGAGCACAAUAAAUAACUUACCGAAUUUGUAUAACUUAACCCUCCGCACCGUGUGUCUGCCCCUACAUACACACAAAAAAAAAACAAAAAAAAAACCUGUAAUGGCGAAGAGUGGCAAUCGAACGACAAUCAUAUAAAAAUAUGAAAACGUGGCAACAAUGUUUGUUUUUUGAAUGUUUAUUAAUUCGAUGUCUUUUGUGUAAUAGAAUUUUGUGUCCAUUUUAUUAUUAUAAAAAAAAAAUAGCUUAUAUUUGAACAAGAGGUUGGUGGUACGUAAAAAUACCGGGUGGGACAACUAAAACGCAUCCUGUUUGAAGUACUGUACUCACAUCUGGAUUUAGAAGCAAAGGUUCAAAAAACUAAAUUCCUAAAUUAUUAGCAAAUGCGAUAACGGCAAGCUUAAAAAUAGUUAGCUAGCAAAAAUUUUUCAUUUAAUUCCUCUCACAUGUGGUUUUGAUAAGGUUGACCUGGAGGCCUCAUCUGUUUAUCCAUGACUGAGUCUGUAAAGUGUUUGUCUGACUGGGAAUAUUUUAGAGAAAAGGGGGCUUAAAGAGCUAUGAUGUUAAAGAUCGCACUGCUUCUAGUGAUAGCAUGAUGUUUCAGUUUCGGAGGAAUGAAGAGUCUGAUCUAAUAUUGUGGCAUGUUUACCCAGAUCAUCUUGAGAAUGAGGCCUUCAUUACAAAUCCUGUCAAAUAACAUCGCGUUGGGUUAUACCUUGGUAGCUUCGUGGUGAUUAGUGAUAAACUCUGAAUCUGAUCUGUUCAUUUGUUGGUAUCCAGGAGCAAAUGAUGGAGUCAUGGAGGCCUUCUCUUAAUAUCUUCUCUACACAAUAUACAAGGUCCACUUAUUAAUUUGGAGAUAUAUUAUGUUAAUUUAAAAAUUACAGCUUUCAGGUCCGCAUCUGUUACUUUCUCUUGGUAGCUUUGGGAGGGGUUCUAGCUGAGGCUUUUUGGUGCUUCGGAUCUCCAUUUCAAUACCACAAUUUGUUCGUAGACAACACUAUUUUUUGAACAUAACCAUAAAAGGUAGUAGAUAAAAACCAAAAUACAGACAAUAUAGAUACCUAUAUUCCUCCAGAUUGAUGUGCAUUUCCUCUCAUUAGAGUAUAAUCAAACUAUUCGCGGAAAAAAAAAGAAGUGCGACACAAUGCGACACUUAUUCCCUCCCUUGUGAUGUGGAUAACUAUUUUUAUAAAUAUGUGACUUUGAAGACGGUUAUCGAAUGUACUGCCAGAAGAGGUUUCAGGAUUACCGGAUAAUACUUUUACUUGUCACGAAACGCGUUACGCAGCAACACCACGACUCUGAAGGAGGAGUGGUGUUUUGCUGGUUAUACAACUCACUGUACAUUAUUCCCAUAUGACACGAGAAGCUUAAUAAGUAAUAAACCUUUUGGGAUUAUCGCGCUUGGUGGCAUUUAUAGUAAAUUCUAUUAGAGAAUUUUUUUUAAAUUUUAAAGUAUUAAAGUUUAGUUCGUUAUAUAACCUUUUGAAUACCACUCGAUGUUUCAGGAUUACCUAAUACUUUUACCUGACACUCAACGCGUUACCAGCAACAACACUUCUCCUUCGGAGUCGUGGUGUUGCUGUGUAACGCGUUUCGUGACAGGUAAAAGUAUCAUCCGGUAAUCCUGAAACCUCUUGUGGUAUUACAUUCGAUUAUACAACUCACUGUACAUUAUUCCCAUAUGACGCGAGAGGUUUAACAAGUGAUAAGCCUUUCGGGAUUAUCGCGCUUGGUGUAUUAAAGUUUAGUUCGUUGUAUAACCUUUUGAAUACCACUCGAUGUUUCAGGAUUACCUAAUACUUCUACCUGACACUCAACGCGUUACGCAGCAACAGUGAGUUGUAUAAUCGAAUGUAAUACCACAUGACUUCAGGAUUACCGCGUUACGCAGCAACACCACGACUCCGAAGGAGGAGUGGUGUUGCUGGUAACGCGUUGAAUAUCAGGUUAAAGUAUUAGGUGAUCCUGAAACAUCGAGUGGUAUUCAAAAGGUUAUAUAACGAACUAAACUUUAAUACUUUAAAUGCAAAAUUGUUUCUAUAAUAGAAUUUGCUAUAAAUAUUGCCACCAAGUGCGAUAAUCCCAAAAGGCUAUUUACUUAUUAGGCCUCUCGUGUCAUAUGGGAAUAAUGUACAGUGAGUUGUAUAAUCGAAUGUAAUACCACAUGAUUCAGGAUUACCGGAUAAUACUUUUACCUGUCACGGAACGCGUUACGUAGCAACACCACGACUCUGAAGGAGGAGUGAUGCUGCUAGUAACGCCGUGAGUGUCAGGUAAAAGUAUUAGGUUAUCCUGAAACAUCGAGUGGUAUUCAAAAGGUUAUACAGCGAACUAAACUUUAAUACUUUAAAUGUAAUUUUUUUUUUUAUAUUAUAUUUAUUAGUAUUACCACCAAGCGCGAUAAUCCUAAAAGGCUUAUCACCUAUUAAGCCUCUCGUGUCAUAUGGGAAUAUGGUUGGGAAACCUCUUGUGGUAUUACAUUCGAUAAUCCCUGAAAGAUAUACAAAUCGUUCUAACGUUGGUAAGUAUGGUUUAAAAAUGGACCUCAAUCAGGAUGCGUUUUAUACUUCACCCAAUUUGAAAACUUGGAUUAUUCAUUAUUUGAUGGCCAAAUUAAUUUCAAUGUGCCAAAUUUCCUGAAUAUGAAAAAAAUAGUCCAAGAGCAUAUUGACUUCUUUUCAAUACAUAUUUGCAACGCAAUUGUUUAUUUAAGCGGCAAUUGUGAUGCUCCUUUUUGUUGGUUCUUCUUAUCAAAGGAAACAUUCAUUUUUGUAGUUCGGAUUUUCAUCUCAACACAAAAUUAUUAAAAAAGAAACGAUUUAAAAAUGUAUGUUUCCAAAAAAAAGCAAAAAUAAGUGUGUCUUUUUUCCAGCCUUGUAAUUUUAAACAAAAAAUAAUGAGAGAUGUGUGUAUAGCUAAAGAAAAUAUUCUCUACAAUUUUGUCAGACAAUCGCCUAUAUAAUUAUUAAAUUUUAAAAAAUCAGAAUAUAACCUCGAUAUAAUAUUAUACACUUCAUAUUUUUCAUAAGGCAUAUUUUCAUUAAUAAGAAAUAAAACUAAAUGUUAAAAAUAGAUAUUUGUAAAUUUGUGAUGAUUGUUCUCUUGGUAGUAAAUUCUCAAAAUUUUUGUACUUUUUGCUCCCUCGUCUUGCUUCUUCAAUACUAAUAUACGUAUAAACUAUGAUAAUUCUCCUUUAAAAUGGGGACGUUAGUCAUACCAAAAAUCAUGUUCAACACCCUAGAGUUGCACAUGGAUUUUGGUAACUGUUUCGAGAGACUGGUAAUAUCCUUCCCAAAAGAAUUUAUUUUUCAUAUACUUAUAAUUAGUUGGGUUUUAUGUUUAAAAUUUUAUUUUUUAGUUAAGAAAGCACCCAUUGAGGAUGUAUACAGGGUCACUCGGAGAUCGCUUCCAUGGUUUAAACAACCAUACUUAUUUUUAGUUUAUUGUAGAAAUAGGUUUUUGAUAAAGCGGUUUUUAAUCUGUGUGUGGUGGGAUUGGUAUCAAUCAAGUCAGUUGUUUGAAUACUCAAACUGAGACAAUUAUUUUCUUUUUGCAUCAUCAGUGUCCAAAUGAUAGUAUAAGUAACAAAGACCGAACACUGGUUCUCCUGGGAACGCUGCUCCCCUGUUUCUAAACUAGGGUCCCUGGUCGGGCGCCACCGACGUAUGGACGUUUACUAAACUAUAACAGCAAAAUGAACUAUUUUCGAGCCUUUUUGGUGUGAGAACAUUGUUUUCUGGAGUGCUAUGUCAUUUUUCAGCACUAAUAAUUAAUUUUUCCUGACUUUUAGAGCGCUGUGGAGUGGAGUAUUGUGUAGAUUCUCCCUACGUCGGGAGUUCGGUUAGGUUAGGUCGAAAAUGAGUGGGCAUAUAACGGACCUCCAUUGCGACUCAUUGGUCUAUUCUGGCUCGUGCCUAUUUAUACUUUUCCAAUCAUGCCUAUUUGUCCAAUGAAGUCCAGGACAGUGGUUGGAGAGAUGCUGUUCCGGUCUCCCAGUGGAACAGUUGCCUCUUUUAGAUAAAUUUUCAAACAUCUGGGCGGUUGAUUUCCGCUAGGACCAGAAGUCGCUUGAUCUCUGCCUUAUGGGCGGAAUCGCACUUGCCCAAAGCCAAAGUAUGUCCUGAACCACCAAGUGCUUUCAUUCAAAGAUUGUCAAUGGCGAAUGUCCAGGUUUGACCAGGACCAGAAUCCGAUUCAUUCCGACUAUUCAUUCUUGGCCUCCGCAACAGCUACAAAGAAAACAUCAUAUGUGAAACGAGUACCCGAAUAAUAUUCCACCACUUCAUGAGAGCCAGGAGGGCGAAGCUGGACCUAACGAUCAUAUAUGUAGACGAAUUCCUCGACAUGUCUAUGUGCUACCAGUGCUGUCGAUUUGGGCACGUCAACAAAUCAAAACCGGUAUGAGAUUUGACGGGGAGCACAAAAGGCGCGAUUGCAAGAAAGAAGACCCGGAUUGCGCCCGAAUGACCAUUAGACGAAUUCAAACCUGCGAAGACACAUGGCGUGGGACAUGACUGCCCCAUAUACAAAAUGAGGAUCGAAAGAAAGAGGACCAACAUAAACUACAGAUGAAGGAACUCAACAUAUUGCAAUUUAACUCAGACAGAGGACGAGCCGCGACAGGCCUAAUGGAAACAUAUGCAGAACAACAUAAACGUCAUAGUGGUACAAGAGCCGUACAAAAGUAACCAAAGUCGCAACUAUCACAUUUAUGGAUGUCGAGGAGGCACAAAAACACACAUUUGGACAAAAAAGAUACAACGGGAAUCACAAGCUGCAUGCAGUUAGGCAACAACAAUUCGACAACUGUUAGGCUGGUCGACGGAGCGGACACGGUCAUCUACAUAACAUCAAGAUACGACAAGCCGGGGGUGACGCCAACACUAGGCUACUCCAAAACUCGGCAACCUACUUUGAAACAAACAGAGGCGCAAGUUAUAUCGACCUGACACUGGCUGAAGGAAUCGUUGUAUAUGGAUGGUGUGUCAAGCAGGACUAAAAAGCACUCAGUGGCCAUAAGUACAUCACGUAUAAAAUCAGGACCCAGUAAAAAUACAGUUUUAAACGAAAUAGAAUAUACCAUUUUAACACACCGACUGGGAAUACUUUAAAAGCCAGCUGGAGGAGGCCGCAUAGAGACAAACCUGGGGUUAAGAAACCCCCUAACAGCUAGAGCAAAAAGCAAGAAAUCUGCAGUAAUUGCUGCAAAUCCCACAUACAUACCAAGCUGACAGACGAAGAUAUCGACGACUGGUGAAAUGGCGGUCUACGGAAAACUAGACAAAAAACGAAAAAAAACUAGGAAAGAGUAGCAGAGAGAGCUCGACCAGGAUUGGAAGUCAGUACUGCUAGAGCAACUCAGAUCCCAGAAACUAGCGUAUAAAAGGGCCAAGUUCCAAGUCAUACAGGAAAGGGUGGUGGACAGGGCGAAUAACGAAUCGUGGCACAGACUUUGGCGAUUCUUGGGGAAGACAAGGCACCAGCCAACAUAAAACGAGACAAUGGCACCUACACAAUAAGCGAGAACGAGAACUACGAAUACUUGUUGAAUAAACACUUUCUAGAAGACAACCCCGAACUAGACAAUGAUAAUAGAAGGGAAACCAGAGACAAACGCUACAAAACAGAAUAGAGACUGGAGAGAGGCGGCAGAGGCCAUCCUCAGCCUGAAUCCUAAAAAGGCAAUAAACUCUGAGAGAAUACCCAACGAAGCAAUGGGUCAAAUAUUCGCGGCCCUAACGAACAUCAUAUGUGGCAUCUACAGGGACUGCCUAAGGCUCGGUCACUUCUUCAAGGUAUGGAAGGGCGCGAAUGUUAUAUGGAUCCCGAAAAAAGAUGGAACCUUGGGUAAAUUAUUCGACCGAAUACUAAAUAAGAGACUGCAAACACACUUAGAACGCACAAAUAACAUAAGCAAACGACAAGACGAGUUUACAGAGGGAACAGGAACAGUGGUACUGACAAACGCUACUCGCCUGAUGGACAAUAAUAAAGCUCAGGGUCUACAUCAAUCAUUUGCUUAGACCUGGAAAACGUUUUAAGAAAAGUGUUUCACAGCUACCACCUAAAAACCCCCCUCCAGCACAGCCAUCAUACCUCUACCCACCUCCACUGUAAACCCUCUUCCGUGAAGCUUCUACCUUGAAGAGGCACUUUUUUAUAUCCCUCCAUUUUUUGAAAACUAUAGAAUAUUUAACCAAUUAUUCCAUUUGUAUUCGUCAAUUUUGGGGCUGUCCCGGGUCAAAUCCCCAAAAUUUUAGAUCAAAGGCGCCGCCGAUCUAGAGAUUUUCCCACGGUAUCGUAAAACUUCUCAGGCUCAAGUGCCCUUCAGACCAAUAUCCACCUCUACUACGUAAAUGGUUCACCAGAUUCACAAGAAAAAUGUUAUUAUUGCAAUAAAAUUAAUCCCGUGGAGUUUAGAACACUAUUGACGAAUACAAAUGCAGGAAUUAUUUAAAUAUUCUCUAGUUAAAAAGUGAAGGGAUAUGGAAAGAAGUACCUCUACAGAGUAGAAGCUUUUUGACAUAGUAGUGGGUAUUACUCUGAUAGAUGUGAGGUGGGUAUGGGUCAUAAACAGGUGCAUUAAUUUUAUUGCAAUAACAACAUUUUGGUGGGUAUUGGUCUGAUACCCGGGGGCACUUGAGCCUGGGAAGUUUUUCGAUACCGUGGGAAAAUCUCUAGAUCGGUGGCGCCUUUGAUCUGAAAUUUUGGAGAUUUGACCCAGGCCAACCCCAAAAUUGACGAAUACAAAUGGAAAAAUUGGUUAAAUAUUCUUUAGUUUUCAAGUAAGUGAGGGGAUUUGGAAAGAGGUACCUCUUCAGAGUAGAAGCUUUUUGACAUAGUAGGGGUGGGCAUUGCUCUGAAGCUGUGAGGUGGGUAUUGCUAAUAAACAGGUGCAUUAAUUUUAUUGCAAUAAUAACAUGCUGCUUCUGAAUCUGGGGACCAUUUACGUAGUAGAGGUGUCUGAUAGCCGGGGGCGCUUGAGCCUGGGAGGAUGGAACAGAAAUAAAACACGGUAUGGGAAGCGUGCAAACACUGGAAGGAGAGAAGUGAUGUAAGGUACAAGGGAAAAACCAAGAUGCUUUUCAUGCCCCACAAUAAUGAUAUGAGAGGGCCUAGCCUCAAAAUAAACGGGAAGAAUGUUGUCCUGCGAGAAUAUGUUAAGUACCUUGGAGUAAACAUAGACCGCAAAGAAGCUACAUCUAGCAUAUGAGAACCGUCAGAGUUAAAGUAUCAAAAGCGGCUAUGAACAUCACAGGAAUGAUCAGGCGAAAGUGGGGCCACAGCAGAGUCGUUAUCAGAAAGAUACUCGAUAAAGUUCUCAAACCGGUCGUUCUAUAUGCUAGCGAGAUGUGGGGAGACAGGGCUACCACAGCCUUUAGGAGGAGGCAUAUGGAUGCUGCGGUCAGACCAAUGCUGCUAAUGACCUGCAGAGCCUACGCCUAAUAGCGCACUGCAGGUACUGGGUUUCACACCACUGUAUCCAGAUCCAGAUACCAGACGCAAACCUUCUGAUAAUAAUGGAAAGAAGGCAGGCAAUCGAUCUCCUUAACAAUGGACCCAUCAGAGAUAAGUUAACUGCACACAUACUAAGAAGGACAGAAGAACAUAUCGAACACGGAAGGAGUAUAAAAUACCAAUGGAAAAAAGGGCACUGUAACACAAACCCAAGGAACAGGGAAGCCGAUAUACUGGUUCAAGCUCCGCCAAACGACAGGGACAUGCACUUGCAAUCAUAACCUGAUGGAGGAUGCCCAGCAUGUCAGAGAGGUAUGUAGCCUCGAUGAAAGAUGAGCGAUUAGGGACUAGAUUCUUGCGGAGUACGGAGACUUUCGAAUAACCCUCAGACAGGACAACAGGAUAUUGACAGAACAGAUACUUAAAAUAAACAAAUGGGCAGACGUGGCAGUGAAAGACACAGACAUGGAUAAGGACAGAGAUGCAGACCCUAAUUUGUAAACUAGCAAAGAAAAUUGUAACCUCAAAAUAAAGAUAUUAUAGAAAAAAAAAUAGAGAAAAUAAAGAAAAUAAAAAGGGCACUCCCGCUAUUUUGACCAUGGUUGGCUAUGGGUUGUAGGGUUCUCUCAUGCUGACAGUGGUUUUUUUAUUUAGUGGGUUUGCGCACCGAUUUGGGUAUAAUUUUCGAAUGUUCAUUGUUGGGUGUUCAGGUCAUGGUUCAUCCUUCUCAACUUUAGAAGUGCUUCCUGCGGCUUCAGCCUUUCGUUAGACGUAUCGUCCGGUAAAUGCGCCACACAUUUGUGGCUUCAGGAGGUCCUUUACUCUGAGGAAAUUUGCUUUGGCUCCUUCCCAUGGAUGCAGACGCCUUCUCCGGCCAUCUAAGGCUUUUCUCGUUCGCGAAGGUUAUUUGUGGCUAUCCAGGCCUAUGAGAGCAGCUCUGGAACAUGAAACCUAACCUGCGGACCGUCUUCGCCCUUCGGUAAUUUGUUGACGGCCUCAACUACUGCCUACUGUAGCGUAUGUGUGUGAAGCACUUGUUAGGGAACUUGGAAUGGAUUAUUUCGAUACUUUCAUCCGUAGCAACGUCCCGGGCCGAGCCUUCUUCACAUACUGGCUGAACGUGGGCGCUUGUUACCGUCUGGAGUACUGUUAUGUGGAUGUGAAAUUCUGGUUUCUGGUGAACGGUGAACUCGCUUUGUAUCAAUUUUUUUGGCUUCCACGGUGCUGGCGCUUGGGAUUAAUUCUCCUGAAUUGGAUUGGUGAAUUCGCCCGGUUGUUUUUUUUUUCCAACUCCGAUAACCAUGUUUGAAAUCGCGCAAUUCGAAUCAGUUUGCCAAACUAACUAGAACAACAGAGUUCUUGAACUUUGAUACUAAUCAGCUUUCAUCAAAGGACAUACGGUAUCACUUUGCCUUAUACAAUUUCUAGGGUGCUGAUGGUGCAAGUAAAUAUUUGCCAUUUGCUAUUUGCCAUACCCACUCUCAGCUAAAUAAAAUCAGCGAUUUUUAAUUUAGCUAGUAUUUAUUUAAAAUGUAUUAUAAUUUGUUUCUAGUCAAUUUAUAUUAAUAUUUCUCAUAUUUCAAAUUCAAAUAAUUUGAAAAUUGAAUCAAAAGACUUAAACAUAUUUCUUGUAUAUCUAUUUCUUCUGUACGUUACUUAUCGGUUUUAGAAAUAUUAUGAGAAAGGUAGAUUUUGAAAUGAUUGUAAUAACACUUUUUAUAUCAGUGAAAACAGAUAGCACAAUCUUUAUACACUUUGAGGGUUUGCAAAAAUAUCAACUUUGGACGCAAAUAAUAUAUUUAAGAAUGUUGAACAUUCAGCGUUAUUUUGAAAUAAGACUCUGUUGAUGAAAACUUCUCUUGAAGCAUUCAAAAAAUACACAAGCCUGGUUACUUGCUUUUGCAAACCGACUCGAAAUAUUUUUUUAAAACCUAACUGUAAGUACUUUUUCUAGGACUAUAAUUCUAUUUUAUGAAAAAACACUUUUUGACAAUCUUUUUAUCAUGUUGUGCACAAAGUAAAAUGAAACUCCUUCUUUGUGUUUAGAAUCAAAAUAUUAUACUCGCUAGCAUUUAAGACUAUUGUAUGUGUACAUUUUCAAGCAAAAAAAAAGAAAAAUCGCCAAUUCUCAAAACAACCAAACCAUAUCAAAAAUAAAUAUUUGUAUAAAAAAAAAAUCUAAUAAGAUAUUUCUUAUGUUCGGUGUAUAUAGGACGAUUAGGUUAUUAUUAAUUGCAUCCAGAUCUAACAGACUUAAAAAUUCAAACAAAACCUUGUGUGGAAAUGAAUAGGAACAAAACCGUUCGGUCUGGAUGUGACUUUAUUCAAUUAAGUGUGAUUUUCGAAAAAAAAAAAUAUUAAAAAUCAAUGAAUGAUAGUACAAAACAACAAUAAGAAGAGAAAAGAAAAUCUCAAUAUCUUUUUGUUGAUCAAAGAUUUAAAGUUAUUGAACAAAAUCAAAUACAUAAACAUUUUUCAGCUUUCAUUAAAAUAUUCAAAUUUCCAUAAUAAUUAUAGGAGCAAAAAGAGAGGUCCAAUGCAAACAAGGAGGCAAUAAGAGGGUUUAUAGCAAUAUUUGGAACAAAUAUUUUACUGGAGGUUGAAAAAAUGAUGCAUAUUUUCAAAAUUUUUCUUGUGAUUUGUUUAUUAUGAAACACAAACUGCAAAUUGUAGUUUAUGGUUGUGAUCAGAAUGGUACAAAAUGUAAAGAUUUAGCAUCACAAUAGAAAUGAUAUACCUAUAGUAUAAUUAAAUAUUUAUGUUGUUUCUCAGUCUGUUGUGAUGACAUGUUAGAAAAUAUAAUAAAAGGAUUUAUUUGAAACAGGUGCGCUACCUCUGAAAUGCUUUCAUCUGACUCUAUGAGAUUUUCUAGAAACAUAUCAAAAAAAAAUUGGAAAUGUUGACAUGAUCAGAAAUAUAAAAAAUGUGAUAAUAUGUUUAAAAUUGUGUUUUAUUUUGAGGAAAUUUAGUCUUGUGUGUUGUGGUGGAAUAUCAUCAUUUGUGAUUCACAAACUUAUGAGCAGUGGCGCCGCCAGGGGAGGGCCAGAGGUGGCCGGGGCCCCUCCUGAAAUUUAGCCCUUAUGGCAAAAACCUAUACAUCGAAAAUAUGAGAAUAUGUUGACUUCUCUGCAAUCUGCGAUAAAUUUGAGCCGCGUAGCGUAGCAGAACCCUACCCACUAGACCAUUUACUU